AUGCAGCAAACUAUAGAUCAUUUCAAGGAGAGGUUCAAAGGCAAAACGCAAUUAAUGAGCAAAGAAGGUCAUCUUGGAGUCGUAAGUAAUUAUAGCAAACCAAUCGAUAAAGUGCCUAUCCUAAGAAGAAAAAAAAGCCUUGAAGACCAUAGCAUCAUUUAGAAGUAAAAAAGAAUCUUUAGCGAUGAUCAAUACGAUCUAGACAACAAUGAUUUUUUCGGUUAGAGUAAUGUCAUGCCUUAUCCUGGGAUGUAAGGAGGCAGGUAAAAUUCAGGUGAACGUGUUUUAAUGUUGCCAUAGGCUACUGAAAAGGGGAAUGAUAAAUAGAGUCUUAAUAAGUUGACUAAUGAGGAUUCAGGGUCAAGCUUAUAAGCAAGUCACUUUUAAAAUUUCCAAAUUUAUAAAAGUAAUGUAUAUUCUCCCAUACAAUUGCCUGGCCUAGAUUUUGUAUCUGGAGUUGGAAGAGACUAAUCAAAUGGCAGAAAUGUUAUUGUAGCACAGUAGACUGGCAUGAUUAUAAAUAGCAAUAACAGUAUGUCUCUAUAAAGAGUGCCAAUUGAUCUAAUUACAUCCAAUUAUAACCUGAUUAGCGAUAGUAAUUAAAGCAUCAUCUUGCCUUAAAUAAAUUUCAGAAGGAAGAUUGAGGAAAUUAAGUUUAAAAACGAAGAAAUAUAAAGAUAGGUUGACGAAGAAAAUUUGUAAAAAUAGAAUUAGUUGUUAAAGUCUAAAAGAACUUUGCAUAAGAAAUAAAAGUUCUUAAAAAGAAUUGAUUUGACAGCAGUAAAUAGCAACUCUCAACCAUAAAAUCUAAAUCACCAUUAAAAUUAGGGUGGAGCAGCUGCAUUUUAAGCUUAUAACGACAACGUAAAAACUCAGGAUAAAUCUGGAUAAUAGAUGGAAAAGCUUAUUUAAAAAUAUGGAUCUGUGAAGGCAAUGAAGAGAUAUGAAGAUGCCACUUAAACUACGGAAGAAACAACCGUGUCAUAAAACACACAAAGAAAUUUCAAUCCAUUAGACUCCUAGUAAACUGACAGAAAAUCAGUUUCUACUCUUGGGAAUAUAAACCAUAUUUAGGAAACAUCAACUCAUUAUCCUCCUCUAACAGGAAACUAAAAUGUCUAAAUUAAUGGUAAAAUUAAAAUCUAAACAGCUUAAAAAUCUAAGAUUCUUGAUAAUCAUAUUUUUAAAAGCAGAAAUGGAGAUCUUAAUAUGAGAAAGAGUUAGAAUAGAAGUCUCUAAAUGAAUCCUAACUAAAUCUUUAUGGAUAAGUUAUAAAUAUAGCAAAAUUAGUAUAACACUAAUAACAACAAUAGCGGGGGAGUGAAUUCUUACCUUAACCUACAUAACAAAUCAAAUAGAUCUGAAAACAAAUUAUUGGACUUAUCUUAAAUUUCAGAGAAGAUAAAAGACCAUCAGGUUGAAAACAAGCCGCUCAAGUACAAAGAGUUCAGCAAGGAAAAGCCAGGAAAAUACUAUCAGUUGGGUGGAUUAGGACCUUCGAGCAUUGGAACAGAGGAUUGGCUAAAAGGAAAACAAAAAAAAGAAUAGAUCAAGGAGUACACUGAGAAUUUAAGACAAUACCAAGAUCCAAGUAGGGUAGGUACAACUUAAUAGAAUGGUGUUGGACAGAAUACUACUUACUUUAGCAAUUAACAGCAGCAGUAUACGUCAGAAGUAAAAAAUUUAGGCGAUAGAUUUAGACGUUAACCUGAUGAUGAUUUGAAAAUUGGAGCCGUAAAUCUUAAACAAUAAAUCUAGAAGCUUACAAUGAUUUGA